AUGAUUAAAAUUUGUUUAUUAGUAUUGAUAGUAUUAAUCUCUAUGGUUUAUGCUGAAUCAGAGCUUAAACCAAACUGUGCUGCCGUUCAAUGUUUGAUGGUCGAAUGUCCAUUGGGUCAAGCUUCGUAUGUUCCAACUGGUCAAUUGAGAUUGAGUGGUUUGAUAUCAAGAUGUGCAAGAUUGUGUUGA